AUGGACGUGCAGCCGGAGAUUCGGCGCCAGGGUUUAACCAACACUACCGAAGCUCUGCAUCGGUUGGCAAUGCAGGGAGAUGUCCGCAUGGUGCGUUCCCUCCUCGAAUUGGGCGUAGACGCCAACUCUCCAUGGAUCUUCGAAGCUGCUUUAUCCGAAUCGUCCUUGAAGGGCAAGGUAUCCCGUACGCCAAUCGCUUCGGCUGCCAGUAUCAGCUUUGAACAAGAUACAUGUAUGGAGACCAUGGAAAUGUUACGCCUGGGAGGAUGCGACAUGAAUGACUCACCUAGCCUCCCAGGCGCAACAGCAAUUACAGCCUUACACGCCGCCACCUCAGCAGGCUUCGCAGACAGGGUAGACUGGUUACUCAACAAUGGUUGCAGGAAGUCGAUUGAGAAGGUGUGUGGUGAACUUCGACCAUUGCAUGUGGCAGCACAGGGCCGCGCCUACCAACACACGGAUAUUGUCGCAUGCCUGCUGAAGCAUAAAGCUGUCGUGAAUGCAAGGGCAGGAGGACCUCUCGGCGCGACUGCAAUUCACUAUGCUGCCCAGUUGGGUCUCGAUCGCACUGUUGAUGAGCUCCUCAGCCGUGGUGCAGACAUAAAUAUGUCUACCACUCUGACAGAGAGAACACCGUUACACAUAACCAUCGUCGGUAUGGGUAGAUAUUCUUCGCGCCUAGUCAUUCCAAUCCCCACGUCUUCGCGACAUGCCACUCAGCAGAUGGGUCUUUCAGAAAAUCGGUUGGCGGUUGCAAAAGUCUUGCUUAAACAUCAUCAACUCAACCUUCGAGCAAUUGACGCAGAUAGGAUGACAGCAUUGCACUACGCUGCUCGAUACCAAGAGACAAUGUUUGCACGCGAGCUCAUCGAGGCUGCACAAGGUCAAAGGUCACUCCUGAACAUGGAAUGUAUGGGUGCCACUGCUUAUCAAAUGGCCUGGGAAGCCACCGAACGAGCCAAAGAGAGCGUCAUUGCCAACAUGCUGGAGGCAUAUGCCACGCCUGAAAAUGUGGCGCUUAGAAAAAAGAGAACCAACCCUAACAUCUGGAGGAGAUUGAUUGGCCGUAACCGCAACGUGACGCCCGCUCGAGGUCACCUGGCACUGCGUGUGUUUGACGAUGAAAGUGUGGUUGACAACGAAUGGUCCUGA